AUGUUUCCAAAUGACACCAAUUCACAGUUUUCACCUAGAAUAGUUUGCGCGGCGGGCGGCGGGGGCGGGCGGGUUCCAUGGCGGCGCUGCAAUUUUCCCCGCCCGCGCCGCGUUUUCCGCGAGGGGCGCACCCGCCCCCUCCCGCUCGCCCGCGGCCGCCGGGAAAUUGCCCGACGCGCCGCUCCGCUCAGUCCGACUUGGUCGUCGCGGCACCACGACGCGUACCGGUCGCGCGCGAACCGCCAAACUCGCGCCCGUUCACGUAACGCGAGGCCGCUAAGCUCGCGCCGUUGCCAGGCAACGAGGGCAGGUGCGGGCGGCGAGAUGCUGCCCGCGCUGGCGCUGCUGCUGCUGCUGGCGCUGCCGCCGGCGCAGGUCGCCGCGCGCAGACACGCGCCCGACCUGCGCGAGGACGAGCCCGCCCGGCGCACCACGCGACCGGCCGGCGGUUGCAAUGCAUUCGGCGGAGGACGUUCGUGCAGCCGCAAGGCGCGCCCUCAUCGUCCACGAAACAUCGAUACGACUAUCGUACCCGUCGUUAUCGCGCCGAUACCGGUG